AUAUGUCCCAAACGACGCUCUGUACGUCGCGUGCUGCAGGGAGCUUGAAAGCGCGAGUUGUACAGAGCGUGAGACGAGCAGUCACGCGUGCGUCUACAGCUGUAGUUAAGUUAAUCGGUUAUUUGACGCGAGGAGUAGUAAACGGUUGUUUUUAUCUAUAACUCGAGUGUGUUUUAUAAAACUCAUUCAUGUCUGAAACACGUAAGAGAAAGCGCUACGGCGGGCACGCGCCGAGGAAACUGAAGGGUGCUCGCGAGCUAGAGGUGGGAGCUGAGGGUGUGCUCGUGACCUGUAACAUGAACGAGCGAAAGUGCACGAGGGAAGCCUACAAUCUUCUUAACGAGUACGCGGAUGCGCUCUACGGCCCGGAGCAGACAGGUGACAGCCUCAGUGAGGAUGAGGAGGAAGAUGCAGAGGCAGCACUGAAGAAAGAGGUGACACAAAUCCAAACGUCCAUGAAGAAACAUCAGCAGAGGUUCACAGCAGUAGAGAGCGGAGCCAAUAAUGUGCUCUUCAUACGUUCUCAUGGGAUAGACCCAGAGAAGCUGGUUCAUCACAUCCUGUCAGAUCUUCAUCAGACCAAGAAGAAGAAGUCUCGGGUGAUUUUGCGGAUGCUGCCGGUGAGCGGCACGUGCAAAGCGUUUCCAGAGGACAUGGAGAAAUAUCUCAGCGUGUUUCUGGAGCGCUGGUUCAAAGCACCGCUGAAGGCCACGUAUCAGAUCUGCUUCAAAGCCCGAAACAGCAGCCACAACAAGAGGGAUGAUGUCAUCAAAGACAUCGCUGCUUUGGUGGAUAAACUGAACUCGGAGAAUAAAGUGGAUCUGACCAAUCCUGAGCUGACCAUCAUCAUCGAGAUCAUCAAGACCGUCUGCUGCGUCAGCGUCGUCAGGGACUACAUGCUCUUCCGCAAGUAUAACCUACAGGAAGUCACCAAAGAGCCGGCCAAUCAGAAUCCAGGCCAACAGGAAGCAGCCAAGAGCGCAGCCAAUCAAAUACAGGAGGACAACAACGGCACCUCCAUCGAUGGAAGCGCUGCUGGUUGUGAUGUUUCCGCCGGUGACGUGCAGAAAGAGGCGGAGCCUGAGUGAAUGUUCAUGUGUGAUAAACACUGAUGUACAGUAUUGUGUGUGUGUGUGUGUGUGUGUGUGUGUGUGUCUGUGUGUGUGUGUGUAGACAGUCGGGCUGUGAACUGCCACUUUUAAAAAUCUUUUAUUGUUUUGUUUGGGCUUUUGUGUUUUAGCUGAAUUUUUGUAAGUGUAAUUUCAGUUUUACACCACAUCAUUUUUUCCUCAUUUUGAUAAUUUGUUUUUUCAGAUAAACUCUGAUCUGAUUCUCUAGGACAAAGUUUCCUCUGAUCGUAAUGCAGAGGUUUGUGUCAAUCAAAUAAAAACAUAAAAUCAAAUAAAAAUCAUCAUCAUUUUCA